AUGGCUCUUCCACAAUCUAGUAUAAGCGUUUCCAAGGAGUUACACAGCAAGCAGGAAGCGGUCGAAAGCCCAACCGAUGACUACGACGAGGACUACGACGACGAUGAAGAUGUGCCCUCGCAGGAGAAACCGGAGAUUAGCGACAACGCCCUGCUGGGUACAAAUCUGCUAACGAAAAGCUACGUCGAAAAGGCUCGUCCCAGCGAGCAGGUCACACUCAAGUGCGAAGUCAGCAAUCCAACAAGCCAAACCAUCAUCUUGUGGUAUUACAAGGACAAACCCAUCUUCCAACACAGGGCGAAGUUGACGUCCGAUCCUCGGUACACGCUCAAUACCGAUUUCUCACUUCAGAUCGACAACGUGCAGCUGGUGGACGAGGGCCCCUACUCCUGCCAACUGCUGCCAAACAACAAGACUAUCAAAAUCGAGCUACAACUGUUGACUCCACCACGAGAUGUUCACAUUAUGCACGGUAACAAAAUCAUCAACGAUUCGGUGGAAGUUCACCAGCGCGACCGGAAGUUCAUUCUCUUCUGCUCCGCUAAAGGACAUCCGACGCCACAAACCACCUGGUCUUAUCGUGGCCGCCAUCUGGAUGAAGAGUACAGCCGACAGAUUGGUAUCGUGCUGCGCAAAGAGUUCCUGGAAUUCCAUGAAGUGAAAAUCAAUCACGCUGGCGACUACGAGUGCUUGGCUCAGAAUGGAAUGGGUAAUCCGGUCACCCGCACUGUGACGGUAGUAGUGAAAGACGAUUCAUCGGAAGAGCUGGAGGACGAUGACGCGGAAUCAUCUAAUGUUACCGCACCGCUGGAUAAAGGAAGUCCAGUCAUCCACAAACACUCCGGAUACAUCAACACGGCCAUCGGAGAGAACGUCGAGAUGGUCUGCCUGUAUGAGAGCAAUCCGGCUCCCCGCAAGAUCAAGUGGUUCCGGGACGAUGAGCUACUGCAACCUGUAGCCGGGCAAACGAUUAUCACGAACGAUCGUCACAACCAUCACGAUCGAACCCGGCUUACGCUCAGAAACGUUCAGCAAAAAGAUCUGAAGGCGUACUACUGCAAAAUCGAGAACGACCUAGGUGAUGUGGCUUCCAAAACGAUCAUCGGAAUGCAACCGGGUGGAGCGCAUCUCGUCCACUCUAACUAUUCCUCCAAUGGACUGUUGAACACCUGGUGGAAAGUCCACAGUCUUCAGCAGAUUACGGAAAUGCAGGUGCUCUACCGAGGCGAAAAUACCAAAUACGCGACCGUGAACGCCGAAUACUCGAGCCACGACCACAACCAAGACGGAUACACCUGGACGAUUCACAAAUCGAUCCGACUGCCGCAGGGUGUGUGGUACGUGACGGCCCGGGCGCGCAACACCGAAGGUUGGACUAGCGCCGAAAGCCUACCGCACAAGUUCGAGGUUCCCGACAACAUCCAGGUUGCCUCCAUUGGUGGUUCUAGCGACGGCCACCGGACACUUCCGGUGUUGCCCAGUGUCCUGCUGUUGUUGUUGGUGCCCUUCGUUAAGUCGCUAGUUUAUUAAUAUGUUCAAUAGCGGGGUAUAAUGUCCGAGGGAGGGUGUAUGAAUGAGAUGGUAGGUCGAGUGUAUGUGUGCAAGCAACAGAGCGCCAGAGGAAAAGAGAGCAGCAUGAAGGAUGCUUCUACUAGUAGCAUAAAUAAGCGAGAACCCACGCGCAUCGACACGUGAAGCUUUCCAACAAGCAACAAAAAACCAAGAAAUCGUUAAAAAGCCUUUACGAUAAAGUAUUCCUUUGCAUGAACAGGAUUUACAAGCGUGAAUUCUGAUGGGCUACGUCGCAGAAAAAUCGAAGGCCAAACUCGGUGGAUGAUUGUGCGGCAAAGCGUACGACGUGGGUGCGAGAGCGAGCACGGAAGGAAAACUCUUCCCAGGGAAAGGGAUGAACUAUUCGACUAUCCGACGUCGGCACAGAAGUGAUAAAACAAAAUAAAACACAACCCAUCCCUUCACGCUCAUCUGGAUAAACCCUAUGGGGUGCCCUUCUCCAAAGCAACAUUCAUUCGCACGGCAAAUCUGUUCGAAGCGGAAUUCGAGAAAAGCAGACCAUUAAAAAGCACACCCUCACGCUGGGUACAGAAGGAAAUCAAAGCGUUAGGGUAAUCGGUAGAGACGAAACCAGAUAGUUUAACCAAAAGAAUCUUCACGCAGUCUUUAGCCCGUUUUCGCGCAGGGUGGCGCGCAACGCAACCGGCCAUGCCAUUCGUGAUGAGGAUGCGCACGUAUACGUGGCAUAGAUGGGCAGCGAAAAUGCGCGAAAUUGUCGCGUGUUUUCCGCGCCCAGGUUAUAAAUCUUUAAAAUAAAUCGCGUUUACGUUAGAGUUCGUUCGUUCCGUUUGCUGUCCUUUUUCUUACCUUUGUCUUAAAGAAAGCUUUCCAUCAUGGCCUUUCCGAUGUGUUACUGCACAACUGUCCCUUCCAAACAUGAUUUUUCUUUGUUUUUUUUUCUUAUCAGCGGUAAACGAGGGGCAGUAUAAAAAUAUAUAAAACGAUGUUGUUUUGUUUUAGAAAGCUCGGUAACCAAAGGAAUGUGAACAAGCGAUAAUAACAAGCGAACUUGUAUUUAAAUUCAACUGGAAAAACAAAACAAUAUAGCCGAAAUUGCCUUUUAAAUACCCCCGAUCGGUGUUUAUCAUGAAAAAUUCAAAAGAAAAAAACGUAAAAUGUAACAUUCGAUUCAGGUAGCGAUAUAAUACAUUGAAACCAAUUUAAAAAAAGCAAACGAAUUGGCAAACCGAAAGAAUCAAAGAAAGGCCGUAUAAUAAAAGAACUACUUCCCGAAGGGCUGCCCCUACACCGAAUCAAAUUUUGCACACAUCCGUCAAUGUUACAUUUACACAAUUGGUUGAUUAUUUUUUUCCCAAACUUAUGUUUACAUGCCCAUGUAUAUGUCCCAUUGAAACUGUAGCGAUAAUGUUUUUUUCGUUCCCGAUCCCAGUGAGUUUAGUAUUAAUGGACUCUUUUUAUUUUGCAUAUAUCCACCCUCUUCACGCGCCACUGGCGUCCCCAAGAUGAAGUUUGAUUCUUUUUUACCCCUUUUCCACCGUAUUUGUUUACCAUUUCUUCUACGCUAAAAACUUAAGUUAAACUUAGUUAACCUAUAACGUAGUGCUAUAAGCUAUCGUAAAGUAUUUUGAAGGAAGAGAAAGUCAGUUUUACGAAGUAGCAAAGAAGAGUGUACUAUAGAGGAGAAAAAUGAGAUACAAAUGUAAAACAUGAACGAUUGUAAGUGCGCAGAAACAAGAAAGGGCAACUGUGAAAGUGAAUCAAUACAAUUUAUUUGGCAGCGAAUGAAAAAACCAAACUUUGCACCUCUUUUCAAAAACAAUAAGCUACACUCGCCUACUUUUGUUCAAAUAUGGUUUUUAGUCUGCGAAAAAAUCGUUCCAAAAAAUCGUUUAAGCAAAAUUAAAAAACAGUUGUAUAAAGAUAAAAGUUAAAAUCCUUUCUGCAUGAACACAUUGGUUCCGAAUAAUGUGAGAGCAAAAUAUAAAAAGAACGGAAGAAAUGUUCGAGAAAACCCCUGAUACUAAACAACGAUCGAGAAAACCAAAUUUAUCCGUGCAAGAUGUUGAUCGAAUAACAGACAAUGUAGCUCCGGAUUCCUCAAGCGUAAAUCGAACAGAAAUAAUUCACAGUUUUAGCGAAAAGCAGAUCCCAAACAAUAACAUACACACUCCUAAUCGUAUAACACUACUACUAUUCGUAGAACAAAACUAAGGUCGAACCAAUAUGAGCAUUUUUUGUUUUAGUUUCCUGUCUACGGCACAACCAAUUCGCCAUCUACAUGUUAUCGAAUGUAAUAUUUUAGUGUGAAAUGGACGGACCAAAUGGACGUCGUGUCGCAAAAAAGUGCUAUAGAUUAAUCUAAUAAACGACAAGAUAGGACUGUCGUUGAAUUACAUGUUUUUGCAUUACAUUCAGCACGAAAGAUAGAUCGGAACAGUUAUAUAAAUUUAUAUACGAAAGCAUGGAAACAAAACAUGAAUCCGUUAACAAAAUCGAACUAGCCCAAGGAUAUAAUAUAUAUAUUAAAGUGAGUAACAACAUGCAACACUAACCCCAAAUAUGAGCAAAUUUCUGUACCAUUAAUGAAUGUCUCAUCGGAGCGGAGAAAUAAAAUUGCGACGGAAUUCGACGUACGUUCGAGUGUAGAAAGGAUAUUUGGCAAACGAAGUUGAGAGGAAUCAAUUACACAUAAGAAGGAUGGUAAAGCAAACCCUUGAAGGGGCAUUGCACAGGAUUAGUGAAUACCGGAAUAAAAGCAAAGCAUAAAAC